UCAGGUGAGCUUCCUUGGCUCACAAUAUUCUGUGUGCAUUGUCACACAUUGUGGCUGGGAGGAAGUAAUGCUGUCUAUGACUCCACGGGGACAGGGUGAUCAGAAGCUCUGCAUUUGGACCUCUCUCAGACUUUGCCCUAUAUUUGGAUUUGAACUACAUUUUGGAAUUCAUCUUUACUUACAAUGUCACCAUCAAAUGAAGGUCCAGUGGGAUAUGCACCCCCAGAUGGUGGCUGGGGGUGGGCAGUGGUAGCUGGAGCUUUCAUUUCUAUCGGAUUCUCUUGUGCAUUGGGCAAAUCUAUUUCUGUAUUUUACAAAGAAAUUGAAGAUACAUUUAAUACCAGCACCAGUGAAGUGUCAUGGAUAUCCUCUAUGAUGUUCGCUGUUAUGUAUGGUGGAGGUCCUAUCAGCAGUAUCCUGGUAAAUAAAUAUGGCAGUCGUCCAGUCAUAAUUGUUGGUGGCUGCUUGUCAGGCUGUGGCUUGAUUGCGGCUUCUUUCUGUAACACUGUACAGGAACUUUACUUGUGUAUUGGAGUCAUUGGAGGUCUUGGACUUGCCUUCAACUUGAACCCGGCUCUGACCGUGAUUGGAAAGUAUUUCUACAAGAGGCGACCACUGGCCAAUGGACUGGCCAUGGCAGGCAGCCCUGUGCUCCUCUCUGCUCUGGCCCCCCUCAAUCAGGCUCUAUUUGAUAUGUUUGGCUGUAGAGGAAGCUUCCUAAUUCUUGGAGGCUGCUUACUAAACUGCUGUGUAGCUGGAGCCCUGAUGCGACCAAUAGGGUCCAAACCAAACAACACAGGGAAAGACAGAUGUAAAAAAUCCUUUCAGAAAACUGGAAAAUCUGAUGCAAAAAAAGGUGCAGGUGAGGCAAUUGUAGAAUUUAAUGGAGGAAACCCCAAAGAGGAGAAAGAAUCUGUUUUCCAAAUAGUUAACAAGUUUCUGGACUUAUCCCUGUUCACUCACAGAGGCUUUGUACUGUACCUCUCUGGUAAUAUGGUACUGUUAUUUGGAUUAAGUCCACCUUUAAUCUUUCUUAAUAGUUAUGCCAAGAGUCAGCAUUACGCUAGUGAGAAAGCUGCCUUCUUGCUUUCUAUUAUGUCUUUUGUUGAUAUUAUAGCCAGACCUUCUAUGGGACUUGUAGCCAACACAAAGUGGAUAAGACCUGGAAUUCAGUAUUACUUUGCUGGCUCUGUUAUUGCAAAUGGAGUGUGUCAUAUGCUACUACCAUUAGCCACCAGCUACCUUGGGUUCUGUGUCUAUGCGGGAUUCCUUGGAUUUGCCUUUGGGUGGUUUAGCUCCAUAUUGUUUGAAACACUGAUGGACCUCGUCGGACCUCAGAGGUUCUCCAGCGCUGUGGGAUUGGUGACCAUUGUGGAGUGCUGUCCUGUCCUCCUCGGGCCACCACUUCUAGGUCGUCUCAAUGACAUGUAUGGAGACUACAAAUACACAUACUGGGCAAGUGGCGUAAUCCUAAUUAUUGCAGGUAUCUAUCUCUUCGUUGGCAUGGGCAUCAAUUAUCGACUUGAGGCAAAAGAACAGAAAGCAGAGGAGAAGCAGAAAAAGGAAAGUAAAGAGGAGCAGCCCAAAGAGGUUACUGAAGCAGCAGGCAGCCGUGGCUGCAGCAUGUAGUCCCAGCUACUCCGGAAGCUGAGGUGGGAGGAAUGUUUAAGGCAACAGUGAGCUGCGAUCAGACCCUGGUAGCUAAUGAUGUUGACCAUUGUUUCAUGUGCUUGUCCUCUGUAUAACUUUGGUGAAUCUUUGUUUUGUAAUCUUGACAUUUAACAGGGUCUUAAUGAUAUUAAGUGCCUUGAGUUUUUGUUUUUCAAACUCUUUGGGUGACUUUUGCUGGCAUAUCUGACAUGGAAAUGAAUAAUAUAUUUGAAAAUCCUUAAAUGUAUGACCAUGCAUUUAAUGGCUAUGAAAUGCACUAGCACAGAAAGAUACUAUGUUAUAAGCAUAAUAUGAUGUUAAAUGAAAAAAGCAGAACACAAACUAGUUAAAUCAGUAUAUGUAACAUACUUUCAGGGGAAGGAAAUACAAAAUUCCAAACAUACUUGUGUUGGGAUGAUGGGUUUUUUCCUAUAUUCUAGUUUUCCUUAAUGUGACUGUGAUUUGUUACCUUGUCACUAAUAAAAGACCAAAAAUGAAUAGAUUUGAAACAGAAGGGUUCUGGCAAGAGACACUUGACUCCUAAGAAAAUGGAGCUAAUGAUUAUUAUAAGCAGGUUGCUUUUUACUGCUUCUCCAAGAGUUGCACUCUGGUGAAAGGGAGGUGAGUGUGACAUGGAACGCAAGAGCACAGUGGUCUGGAGUCAUGAUUUCCUGGUGGUAGACCAAAGCUGCGGAGUGUGGAGUCCACAGCCCACCUGUGCCGGCCGUCAGUGCCUCCUUCCCGCAGGCAGUGCUCUUGGAGACAGUGUUCCUGUGGUUCUGAUCACUACUGAGCUGCGAGUGAGUAUGUAACUCAGAAACACAGAGCAUUCAGCACUCGCCACUCACCCAUGUCACAGUGCUGUGGUUGUUCUUGAGCAUUACUGUACUGAAAUCAGCAUCAGGAAAAAAUACACUGAUGUCACAAAAAGACGGGGUGAUGUUGGCCAAAAGAAGAAGUCUACUUUUCCACAUAGUCAUUCAAUGGAUAUUACUGACACUCACAAUGUGCCAGUUUCUUACCAUGCCAGUCCCAGGCAUUAAGGAUUCAGCAAGGAGCAAAACACAACUGUCUGUACUCCAUAGAUCUUACCUUCUGGUAGGGGAAGACAAACAAUGAACAACAAGUUGUAAGGAAACAGAAGUUUUCUGAAUUCAGCAUUAGAUAUAGGAUUAGCCUUCAUUCAUUCAUUCAUCGAUCCAAACAGGACUUUUUGAAAUAUAUUCUAUAUGCCUGACAGCUGGAUAGGAAGGAUAGAUCAGUGAACAAAAUGAAGUUCCUAGCACCUGCAGCUUCUAGUCUAACAGGACUGCAUAGUAAGUGCUAUGAUGAGGCAGCACAUAAAAAGGCAGCUAACCCAGUCUGGGGAGGGCCUAUAAAGGUCUAAAAGUAUAUUCUUGAGCAAGUUAGGUAACUUCUAUGAGUCUCAUUGACAAGCAUAAUAUAGUUGUUGUAAGGAUUAACAGGAAAGUACACAGCUAUUGUUUUAAAGUAGUUUUAAUAAUGAAGUCUUAAUCUACUAACAUCCUGCAGCUCAGUGAGGGAAGCCUCAGUAAGUUUCAUCAUUAACCAGAACAACAAUGAAUAAAGAAAUGCCGGUCAUGUUUACAUAGUUCUUCAGUUUACAAAUCCCUUUUACAUCUAAUCUGUGCAAACCCCAGCAGGGUAGGUAUAAAUAAAAACAAUGACCCCUCUAACUGCAAUGUGGUAUCCUAGAUUGGAUCCUGGAAUUGAAAAAGGACAUUAGAAGAAAUGCUGAUCUGUAGUUUAAUAAUAGGAUUGUACCAAUGUUAACAUCUUUCUGACAAUACCAUGGUUACCUAAGAUUAACAUCAGAGGAUGCUGGGUGAAGAGUAUAUAGGAACUCUCUGUACUAUCUUUGGGACAUUUUCUAUAAACUUGAAAUUUCAAAAUAAAAAGUAAAAAAACCACCCAUAACAUUGACUCCUUAGCUGGGCCUUCAUCCUAGUGUAACAGAGUAGUCCCUCCUCCUCCCGUAGAUAUGGAAGCACAAAAUUGAGAGUGGGGAAUAUGUUCCUGUUGGGAAUGGCAUAAAAAAGUUUUUUUCUGUCUCUUUAAACUUCCUCCACUCUUUUUGAGAACUGCAACCUGCGGCCAGUGGUUGGGAAGAACAGGGAGAAGGCCUUUUGUUCUUUCAUCCCAGCCCCCCAAGUGAGCCCAGGUGGAGCUUUGUAUUUGGCAGAGAUGCAAAUAUUAAAAUAGUUAACCACAAGAGCCUAGAACUGAGGGGCCCUCCCUUUAAAAGCUCUGUAUUUCUGCUUA